UCAAUGUUUUCAACUUUUCAUCAAUUCCAAAAGAUCACACACAUAAACUCCUCACUCUCUCUCUCUCUCACACAUCAAAGAAGAGCCCAAAACCCAUUUCUUUUACGGCGAGUCUUUUCGGUUUUCCGGUCACUUACAGAUGGAUUUGAUCGGCAAGAACACCGGGACGGUUACCCCAGUGAAAGACACACGUGUGUCUCGGUCCAAGAUUCAAGAAAACCAUAAACUUGCCGAGAAUUUUAACCCAAAUGUCUCCCAUUCAAGCCCUGGUCAAAAAUCCACGAGUUCCCCAGUAAUCAAAUCCACAAAGGCCCAGAAAUCGGUCGUAAAGAAUCCCAAUCCGGUGGGGUACUUGCCGCGGAACAAGAUCCGGGAGAGAAAGUUCGUGGUGGCGAAGAAGAAUUCCAAGAAAGAGAAUGUAGGGUUGAAGGUAGAGUGUAAGUGCAAAGAGAAGGCAGGUGGUGGCGAUAUCAAGAAGUGUUUGUGUGUGGCCUAUGAGAAUUUGAGGGCGUCCCAGGAAGAGUUUUUCAAGAAUCGAAGUGAACAGGCCGGACAAGCGGACCAUUUGAAGGGUUAUGAUAUAGCUGAGAGUGAACUUGAAAAGGAAAUUGAGAAGGGUUUGAUGCUGCAAGACCUGAAAGUUGAAGAUGGGUAUGAAGGAAACGCGGGGGAGAGUGAUACUUCGCCGCUGAAUGGGUCGGGUAGUCAAAUAGGUAGUUCAACGAUUAAGAGGAGGAGAGACAAGUUGUUGGAAGAGGCAAGGAAAAGUGUACCUGAACCUGGGUCUGGGAGAGUGAUGCAUCUGGUGAAGGCCUUUGAGAAGCUUCUUUCAAUACCGAUUUCGAAGGACUCGGAUGAGAAGGAUGAGGAGGAGGAGAAGGAGGAGAAGGAGGAAGAAGAUAACAAAAAGAAGGCCAUGAAAUGGGCUUUACCAGGAUUGCAGGUUCCUAAAGUGCCUGAGACACAGGUUUCUUCUUCUUCAUUCUGUCCAUCUGAUUUGUUCUUGACAUCGGAGAACCUUGGUCUGGAUUCACAGAUUUCGGUUUCAUCUUCGUGGGAUAGUAGCCAGGGAAGUGUUUCAAGCAGGACUUCUAAUGGGGGCCGUAGGAGCCGAAGAAAUAGCUCUGAAUCUUCUGCUACAAUGGGUGGAAGGAGAUGGAAAAAGCAGCAGCUUAAAGUCACCAGCCAAAAACCGUUCAAGCUUAGAACAGAGCAAAGGGGGAGACUGAAGGAGGAAGAAUUUAUGAAAAAAUUACAAGAAAUGGUGAUAGAGGAUGAGAAGCAGAGGAUACCAGUUGCACAAGGUCUCCCAUGGACAACAGAUGAACCUGAGUGCUUGAUAAAGCCUCCAGUGAAGGAAAUCACAAGACCCGUAGACCUGAAGCUUCACAGUGACAUGCGAGCAGUAGAACGAGCCGAGUUUGACAAUCAGGUAGCAGAGAAGUUGAGCCUGUUUGAGCAAUACAAGAUGGAAAGAGAGAGACAGCAGAAGAUGGCUGAAGAGGAAGAAAUAAGACGGUUGAGAAAGGAGCUCGUUCCAAAAGCACAGCCUAUGCCCUAUUUCGACAGGCCUUUCAUUCCCAGAAGGUACAGGUCGAUGAAGCAUCCAACUAUACCUAAAGAACCAAAGUUCCACAUUCCUCAACAGAAGAAGAUCAAGUGCUGCCUGUCAUGGAAUGACAUAAGUACCUACACUUACCAACAAUGAAGCACUAGAAUAGAACCUCUGAAUAUCAUAUCAUUCUAUUGUCACCAGUUACUAAAUAAUCAUAUUCUUUCUUUCUUUGUGUUCUCUCAGAUAUUGUUUUUCAACUUUGUAUAUGAAGCAACCAAUUUAGUUGCAAUUUUGAUGCCCUUGUCUGAUUCCUGCAUCCUUCAAUC